AUGAGUUUACCUUCACCUCCAAUUUUAAAAACUACUAUUAUACAACUAAACAAAGAGUUGGAUCCUGAAGAUGACAACAACAACUACGAAAUAUUGACUAAUGACUAUAAUAAUUAUGGCAGUUCUAACACCUCGGAAGCCGGAUCAAUUCCUACAUCUCCAAUAAUAGAAGUUUCCGGCUCCACAAAGAGCGGAUCGGGUUUACCAAACAAGAAAAAAAGAAGAAGAUCAACUGCAAAUAUCGACUCCGAAGAGUUGGCGAAACGUAAAAAUGAAACUAAACAAUUGCAUUCUAUUAUUGAGAAAAGAAGAAGAAUAAAGAUAAAUCGUGAAUUUGAGGCUUUAAAAUACUUGAUUCCUGCCUGUCGAAACUGUCAUAGUAGUUCUAGUGGUAUUGCUACACCAACAUCAUCAACUAAAAAGGCCACAACAAACAAUAAUAACAACGGGAACAAGAUUGAUGGAAUGUAUAAACUCACAAUUCUCAAAUCCUCCGUUGAGUAUAUUUUAUAUUUACACCACAUCAUACAAAAACAACACCAAUUAUUGUCACUAGUUAAUGGUGGAGAAAACACUAGUGGGGAUACAAUUACUGAAAAGUUAAAGGCAUUGGAAGAAUUUGAUAUUGACUUUGCAAAAGUUCCAUUGAACGUUAACCAGUAUCGAAAUAUUGAUAAAGACUUUAAUUUCAAAGAUUUAAUGCAAGAUUUAGAUGGCAGAUCAGGGAGUACAGAAUCACCAGAAACGAUUCUAGAAGAAAUUGAACCAGUUUCGGACGAAAACCAAACUAACUCCAGCACUACAGGCACGUUUCAUUGCACAAAUUCUUCUGUUUUACCUUCUCGAACGUCUAGUAUCGUUUCCAGUCGUCAGUCACUGCUGCUUCCUACACCUGAAUUGACUCCAAUACUAUCAAUAUUGAACAAAUAUUCAACCAGCAAUAAUCAAUUGAAUCAUAGAAAGAACUCCAAUCCAAUCUCACCACAAACUGUUUGUAUCAAAUCUCAGAAUCCAUCGCCAUUUACAAUGCCGAUGAAAUCGUCAUUAUCAACAAGUAUCAUCAAUUCCCCCUCGUCAUCCUCUUCAUUAAGUGGUAACAAGGGCUAUAUGGCUGGUAAUAAUGCGGUAAAUACAGUAAAGUUCUCAUUACCAGAUCCUGUAGUUAACCCAAACUCCACAUUAAAUGAUAACGUACCUAGAAAGGGGUUUAUAAAUGGAAUACCAGAAGAAGAGGAAGAGGAAACGAUAAAGGUAAAGGAAGCUCUUGUAAAAACAGAAAUCGUGAAUACUGGUAAUGGAAGCAGCGAUGAAAAUAAUAAUAAUAAUAAUGAUAAUGAUGAUAGGGUAUUGCUCAAAUUGACUGACCAAGACGUUUCUAAAACUUUGCUUGCUUUAAGGAAAUCAAGUAUAGAUAGCCUUUUAAAUUAG